GUCUGGGCGGAGCUGGGAGUGACCCACGCAUUCUACACGGAUGACCACAGGACUUUGUUCACCAACCCGGUUGACCCGGAAAGGCGCGUCUGGGUUUUCGCCGAUGCCCCUCACCUGCUGAAGCUGGUGCGGACGCACAUCUUGGACGGAGGUCUUCAGCUGCCGGGCGGUGCUCAGCUGGACGCCCAGGUGUUCGAAGAAGUGUGGGAUCUCGACCACCCCGCCAUGGACCGACCCGGCCAUCUCGUCGAUUACAAGCUGUGCCCGAAACUGACGCGCAUGCACCUUGAUGGUCGUGGCCAGACCAGCCAGCGUGUGCAGCUCGCGUCCCAGCUCCUGUCGGAGCAUUGCGCUGCCGCACUGGAGCUGAAAGUCCCAAGCCGUCUCAGCGAGGCAGCGGCAAUACGGACUUUUGACCGGUGGUUUGAUGUGAGUAAUAGUAAUGGGCCAUCAAAUGUAAAGCCGGAAAGGCGCGCCCUUGGUGUGGACCCCGAGGUGGAGGAGCUGCAGCGCCGCGCCAUCGACGACGCCGCGCGGUUAGCGCGAGCCAUAUCAAAAGUUCGGCCGCGCCUCGAACACGGGCUGCUGGGAAAAAGGCAUAGGACUUCCGGCCGGAAGUUACCGUUUCAAGACGGAAUUCUCAGAAACUGCGCGUCUCUGACCGGCCUCCUCUCCGACGUUCGACAGCUCGGUCUGCGUUACGUCAUGACGGCACACCUCAACCAAGACCUGGUCGAGAAUUGCUUCUCACAGCUCAGGGCGAUGUGUGGGUCGAACACGCACCCCAACGCUGUUGAAGCCCAGACCCGCCUUCGAAUUCUGCUGAUGGCUCCACGGCCAAUCAUCGCGGCCAACAGCAGAUCCCUGUCCCUGCCAUUUGAGAUGGAGCAAGAACCCAACGAAACGGGGUCGCAAUAUCUGACCAGCAAGCCUGACCGCGCGCCGUCGUACGCAUCACGCCAUGCGCCGCCCCUGUCUGACCUGACGCCGCUCGAGAAUCACCGGAGCCCAAGGAAAGAGAUCAUCGUCCGACCCGCAUUCGUCACAAACGAGGCCAUGCACGGACUGCCGGGAGUCUUGCAGCCGGAGGGGGAAAUGGUCGCAGCAAAAGAUGCAGAGUACUUCGACAUCGUUUUCGAGGAAGUGGCGCAGCGGCCAUCACUGCCCAAUCUGACUUCUGACGAUGAAGACCAUGCGAAUGGAGGCGGAUGCACGGCCAGUGCGGGUUCGGCAGCCCGUCCAGCGCUGCCUGGUGAGGAGGCCGUAGCCUUUUUAGCAGGGUUUGUUGCUGCGAAAUGCCGCAUCUUCGACCCAACUAUGGGUACGAAAACUCAGGAUACCGCGCCCGUCAAGCUCGCCCAAGUACCCUCAGCCUGGAUUUGCGCUCUCAGUCGCGGACACCUAACUGUGCCCAGUGUUGAGUGGUAUCAGACGGUAGAAGAGCUGAACCCAGUGGUGUCCGAAAUCAUGGGUCCCCGAUAUCGCAGUGGUCCCGGGGUUAAGGCCUACAUCCGCGCCAAGAUCAGGGAGAAGAGACCAGAUCUCGACGACCGGGUCGUGAAGAAAUAUGUCAGCGCCAUGGUUUGGUUUCGGAUCAGGAACCUGAACGAGCGCAAGGUGGCCGAGGCAGCCGAACGCCGGUCAGCUCGACAGGUCCGGCAGCACACUCGCUAACAUGAAUAAGCUGUCGCGAGGAUCCUGUGUACCUGCCAGUGCUGUACCUGCGCCAUGUACCUGCCUCCACCUCCACUUGGCAUACAGGUCAUCAGCUCCAAAUACACCAGCAGGAACAGACUGUCGCUGGUCGCCAUGCUGCUGGAGGUCGUGCUGCUUUUGCUGAUGUCGGUGGCCGUGCUGUACGAGUGGAGCCCGCGUUUCCGCUACAACCUGCGCUUCAUGGUGAUGUACGGCGGGGCACUGCUGGUGGGUAUCUGCGUGGCGCCGCUGGGCCUGCUGCGACCAUGCGACGCGCGCAACUCGCUGCUCUUCACGCGGCCGCUGCGGCUGGUCGGCCUGCUGCUCGGCAUCCGCUGGCAAGUGCGUGGCGCGCAGCACCUCCAGCCCGACCGCGCCUGCAUCGUCGUCGCCAACCACCAGAGCGCCGUCGACGUUCUGGGCAUGGUGGAGUUGUGGCCGCGUCUGGGGCGCGUCGUCACCGUCAUGAAGAAGGAAAUCUGGUUGGGCUUGCCAUUCGCGCUGGCUUGCUGGCUCUGUGGCCAGCUCUUCAUCGACCGGUCGAACGCGACGCGCGCGCGCGCUUCGUUGGAGCGCGCUGCCCAGCGCAUGCUGGAUGAGCGGCUGGCUGUCUGGUUCUACCCGGAGGGCACGCGCAACCGCAGCGGCACGGGCCUGCUGCCGUUCAAGAAGGGCGCCUUCCACAUGGCGGUGCGCGCGCAAGUGCCGGUGGUGCCGGUGGUGUUCGGCCCGUACCGCGCAUUCCUCGAGCCGGCGCGCUGUCACUUCGAGCCGGGCCUGGCGGUGGCGCAGGUGCUGGACCCGAUCCCGACCGAGGGGCUGGGCGUCGACGACGUACCUCAGCUGCUGGAACGGGUGCAGGGCCGCAUGGCUGAGGCUUACUGCCAGCUAUCGGAGGAGCUAGAUGCGACAAAGGCAACCUAGGAAGUGGGGCAUGGGAACGCGCGAACCCGGCGCCUCGGGGGCAUUGACGUUA